AUUGAUAUACAUUCUUUAUUCAGCUUGAACAGCAAAUAUUGGAUUUUUCUCAUGGUCUAAGGGCCGUUGGUGUUGCUCCUGAUGAAAAGGUGGCUCUAUUUGCUGACAACUCAUGUCGGUGGCUUGUUGCUGAUCAAGGAAUCAUGGCUACUGGUGCUAUCAAUGUUGUUAGAGGAACAAGGUCUUCAGAUGAAGAACUGUUCCAAAUAUACAAUCACUCAGAAAGAAUCUUUCAUUUCAAGGAUUAAUGCAAGAUUUAUUGUGCUACUUUGGGGUGAUAAAUCAUCCCUAAAUAGUAAAGCUGUGAAGGACAUGCCAGUUUAUGACUACAAUGAUAUCACUGAACUUGGAAAAGAAAACCGUAAUGCAUUGCAUCACUGUCCCGAGCAAGGUCAUGAUGGUGCCUUCGAAGCCAUUACUCCAGAAGAUGUUGCGACUCUAAUAUAUACUGGUGGAACAUGUGGUACACCAAAAGGCGUGAUGCUUACCCACCGAAAUCUCCUGCAUCAGAUAAAUAACUUGUGGGACGUUGUUCCAGCAGUACCUGGUGACAGGUUUCUAAGCAUGCUUCCACCGUGGCAUGCGUAUGAGCGUUCUACCGAGUACUUCAUUUUUACUCAUGGAAUUCAACAAGUUUACACUACUGUGAAAUACCUGAAGCUGUCAUUUUGGCAACUUUUCAUCAGAAAACACUUCAUUCUAGUGAGUUUUGGCAUGAAGAACCUACUGAUGUGCUGGUCUCGGACGUGCACAUACACACAAUGUGUGUACGUUAGUACUACUCUAGAACCAAUUACAUUCAGCCCAAUUUCUAAUCAUUUAGUGUAUGCGUGUGUGCUAAUUGGCCCAAGUUAA